CUAAAAUCUUGCUUUAGAUUUAUUAGUAUAGUUUCGUCGAGCUAUAAAAAAUAAGGAACUAUGGCGUCUCUUGCUGCCCGUGUUUUUUGUCGCACUGGACUUGUAGCUCGACGUUUGGUGGCUCAGAGCACAAGAACUUACGCAGAUGCUGCACCGGCUGUUGCACAAUCAGAGGAUAUGGUUUUUACAUUUGCAUCUCCAGUAGAGGCCUUCUACAAUGAAAGCACUGAUGUGAAACAAGCCGAUGUACCCACCGGGGCUGGGGUCAUUGGUAUUCUAGCAAAGCACGUUCCUAUUUUCGGAGUACUUAAACCCGGUGUUCUAACCGUAUUCGAAAAAGAUGGAAAAUCAAACAAGUUUUUCGUCAGUAGCGGAUCUUUUACGGUGAACGAAGAUUCUACGGUUCAAAUAGCCGCAGAAGAGGCCGUAGCUUUGGAUCAACUAGAUGUCAAUGCCGCAAAAACAAAUUUAACAAAAGCUCAAGCGGAAUUAUCGUCAGCAACAACGGAUAUUGAAAAGGCUGAAGCGCAGGUGGCAAUAGACUGCAACGAAGCCAUCAUCAGUGCCGCGUCAUAGAGACUUAUUCUGUUGAAAUUCAAAAUUUUAUGGCUUGAUUUAUGUUAUAUUAAUCCAUUGGUUUAUCUGUUUGGACUAUCUUUAUGACAAUGAAAUUCCAUUUCAAUAUCCGUUUGUGUUUAUUUAUUCUGUUCUGACUUAUGUCUAACCAUACAUAGACUAGGUAAAAUUGGAAAUUUCAAUUCGAAAAUUGCAACUGAAUAAUUUAAUUAUCUAAUUAUAGUAUUUAAGAAUGACUAUCUGAAUUGCUUAGAAUUAUUUUUUCUGAAAAUAUCUUAUUCCAAUAUAACAUGAAUCACAAGUGUUUUUGUUUCUAG